ACAGCAGAGUGGAGUACUAUCAGCAGAGAUUCUGUGACCCACACAACCUAAAAUAUUUACUUUUAGGCCCACUCUAGAAAAGGUUUGCUGAUCCUUGAUUUAGAUCGUGAGAAGGGACAAGAGAAAAUCAUUUCUGUCAGGAAGACUUUUAUUCCAGGGUUAGUACAGCAGUUUGGAACAAAAGAAGGAGAUGCAAGAGAUACUUCAAAGGAGGAGUAAACUGGCCAGUGACAUGAGAUCAUCCAGAGCCCGACUGCUUGAACUCUUCACUGAUGUGAGCUGUAAUCCAGAAAUGAUGAAGAACGCAGCAGAUUCCUAUUUUUCACUUUUACAAGGUUUCAUCAGUUCCUUGGAUGGAUCCUCCCAAGAAAGCAAGUUACGAUAUAUUCAGAAUUUCAAGUGGACUGAUACAUUACAAGGACAGGUUCCCAGUGCCCAGCAGGAUGCUGUUUUUGAAUUAAUUUCCAUGGGAUUUAAUGUAGCUUUAUGGUAUACCAAAUAUGCUUCAAGACUGGCUGGAAAAGAAAACAUAACAGAAGAUGAAGCAAAAGAAGUCCAUCGAAGCCUAAAAACUGCAGCAGGGAUUUUUAAACAUUUAAAGGAAAGUCAUAUCCCAAAGCUCAUCACGCCUGCAGAGAAGGGCAGGGAUUUAGAGGCACGGCUCCUAGAAGCUUACGUCGUCCAGUGUCAGGCGGAAGCUCAAGAAGUAACGAUCGCCCGGGCAAUCGAGCUGAAACACGCGCCCGGGCUGAUUGCCGCGCUGGCGUAUGAAACGGCCAACUUCUAUCAAAAAGCCGGUGAGUUCCUAAUUCUCCUCUUCCUUAGAAGUUUGGCUUUUAUUCGGCAGAUGAUUGGGACCCAUGGAAAGCAGAAAGCAUCAUUUGGGGAGAGAAUGAAUGAGGAUUUGUUUCUUUAUCAGGCUUACUGUUAUCACGGUCAAACUUUGUUGGCUAGUGAUAAAUGUGGCGAAGCGAUCCGGUCUCUCCAAGAAGCAGAAAAAUUUUAUGCAAAGGCAGAAGUACUGUGCAAAGAAUACGGAGAAACCAAAGGACCUGGGCCAACGGUCAGACCCUCAGGACACUUAUUCUUUAGGAAGCUUGGCAGUCUGGUGACGAACACCCUAGAGAAGUGUCAGAGAGAGAACGGGUUCAUUUACUUUCAAAAAAUCCCAACAGAAGCCCCACAGCUGGAACUCAAGGCGAACUACGGCCUCGUAGAGCCUGUACCUUUUGAAUUUCCUCCGACAAGUGCUCAAUGGACACCGGAAACACUGGCCGCAUUUGAUCUCACCAAAAGACCCAAGGAUGACAGCACCAAACCCAAAGCCGAAGACGCAGUGAAGCCUGUCAGAGAACCAGAUAUCAAACCUCAGAAGGACACGGGGUGCUCCGUCGCCUAAACCUGAUAAAAUGUGCACUUCGAAUUUCUCUACCACUAGAUAAGAUAAACCCUGGGACUUCAUAUUUCCUGGAAUGUUUUCUCUGAAGCCUGUAGAACGAUUUAGUACAUUCAGAGGGACUCUGCUUCCGUUUAUUUGUUCUCAGUUUUUAAUAUAGUAGAGAUGUCUCAUG